AUGGAGGCCAUAGAGAAGGAAGUCGAGCGAGUCGCAGCAAAGGUACCGACGUUGUACCCCAUCGCCUCCUCCUCCUCCUCUUCCACCUCCCACCCGUCCUCAUCCAAGCAACGCUCCUCCAAAGCAAAGGCCUCCGCCUCGAGCACCACGCCCUCGUCGACUGCUACCGUAGCAGAAUCCCUCGACGGGCUCCUCGCAUCACUCGAAUCUAUCCGUUCCUCCCUCGCCAAUCCUGCUUCCUCACCACCUUCUGCGCCUGUAGUGGUGGCAGAGACGAAAGCGGCCGUUGCGGCUUCGCAACGGGCAAUUGCGGAUCGGCAAAAGGAGGUGUACAAUGCGCUUGCUCGACUGGGAAAGGCGUAUGAUAAGAAGUUUACCACGCCCAUCGAUGAGCUUGCUUCACCGGACUUGUUUACCUCGGUGGAGGCGACGAGGGCUACAGAAGCGGUCAUUAUGGAUCAGCUCAUGAGGAGCGGACAGUGGAAGGCGGCCGAGGAGUUGUCCAGGGAAUGUGGUCUCCCGCUGCCACCUUCCCACGUCUAUCUCCAGUUGGCCAAUAUCACUUCGUCCAUCCGGGCAGGCAACCUCGAUGCUGCCAUUCAGUGGGCAGAGUCUAAUCGCAAUUUUCUCACCAGCCGGUCUUCCAAUCUCGAAUUUGCCCUCCAUAGAUCUCAAUUUCUUCGCAUUGCUACGGGUGCCGGCGUAACACCCUUCUCUACAAUUCAUAUCCGCAAAGCUGUCGAGUAUGGGCGUAUCCAUUUCCGACGUCAUCUCGGUACACACCUCGCAACCAUCCAAGCCCUCUUUUCCUUUAGUCUCUUCCUCCCUCCCCUUCAGCCAAAUCGACUCCCCACCAUCUCAGAGCUGUAUGAGCAGGUUCCUUUCACCUACCAUCACUUUCUCGAUGCUCAACAGAUGCACUCUCCUCAUCUCGAGCCACUAUUUGCAAUCGAGUAUUGCGCAAGGAAUGCUAUGAGCAGGGAGGCGCCGUUGAAGAUUGCUGUCGAGGUGGGCGUUAGUGGAGGAGCGCUUCUGAAGAUUCACAAGGCCAGAAAGGUCAUGAAGGUCAGGAGGAACGAGUGGAGUCAGGCAAAUGAGCUGCCGAUCGAUAUCCCCCUCCCCUCUUCCUUCCGCUUCCACUCCACAUUCACAUGUCCAGUCAGCAAAGAGCAGGCCACAGAGGAGAAUCCUCCGAUGAUGAUGAGCUGUGGACACGUCGUCUGCGCCGAAUCACUUGCUCGACUGGGAAAGGGACACGGGAGAGUCAAGUGCCCCUACUGUCCCAUGGAGUCGACGAUCUCCCAGGCCACCAGACUCUACUUCUGA